ACCGUCCAAGCUUAUUUUCUUGGCAGUUGUCUGAAGCAGGCAGGGCUUGGAUAACAGCUAAAAAGAUCAUUUUAUAAGAACUGCUCCCGUUUUAUUUUAUACAAAUUUGGCAGGAAAGGUUGAGUGGCUAUUUCCGGAAAAAAAAAAUUUUGAACAGAGUUUUUAAAGCCUCUAGUCAGUAGAAAUCUCCUGAGGUAGAAGAGUAAAGCAGAUCGCUCCUUUUAUAAAAUGGUCUCAUUUACAGUAACAUCUUCUAGAAAUUAUAUACCAACUUUUCUGUGGGAUGAUUUUCAAAAUGCUUUCCUCUCAUAUGAAUGUGUUGAAUAAUCACUCUUGGCAGCCAAAAACGUCCAUUGACGGCUCUGGUCGAGCAUAUGUCAGCAAAGCACAAGAUGUGGUAGCAACUGUUUUGGCAAAAGGUUCUGCACUCAGACAAGAUGCAGUGAACAAAGCAAAGGAGUUCGAUGAAAAGCACAGAUUAACAGCCAGUGCUUCGGCUAAAGUCAUGUCCUUUGACAAGAGAGUUCGACUUACAGAGAAAUUGACGGUCGGGAUUUCAGCUGUUAAUGAGAAAGUAAAAUCUGUUGAUCAAAGGCUUCAAGUCUCCGAUAAAACCAUGGCAGCAAUAUUUGCAGCAGAGAAGAAAUUAAAUGACACGGGUUCAGCUGUCAAAUCAAGCAGAUAUGUUACCGCAGGAGCUGCAUGGUUCAGUGGUGCUUUCAGCAAAGUAGCGAGAGCAGGUCAGGUUGCGGGGACAAAAACCAGAGAUAAAUUCAAUCUAGCUAUC